GCCUUGCCACCAUUUUAGAACAACCAGAACUUAAAGACAGAAAUAGCCAACCUAUCCAUUUGAGUAAGAAGGAGAAACAAAAUUUAAGAUCUCCAUUUAGCCUCUCUAUUGCCAAGCCACAAGGAGAUGAAGAGAGAAGGAUGGCAGCAUGGAAUGGUUAGGAGCCCAAGCAUCUUGCCACCACCAUGCAAUCCAAGGCACAAUGACAAGAUGUUCGAUGGCUUCGACAUGCCUCCGACCGCCGGAUUUUACACCAAGGUGUCAUCCAAGCCCACCAACCAUUCCAAAUUCACCGGCAAGUGUCGACGGGCUAGGUGUCAAGAGUGCCACUCCCACCCCAUAUCCAAGUCUAGGAGCAAGGCCAAAGGUACAUAUAAGCUCAAGGGCUGUGAUGUUGCUUUGAACCACAAGUUGGUAUCAUGGCGCAUCGUCGCCGACCAGGAAAACAUGUUGGAUCUCAGAGGGGCAUCGGCGAGCGAGAUCUUGAGUCAUUUGUCUGCCAAUUGCUGGUUUCAAGGAUAUGAAGAUGAUGAUCGCAAUAUAGAAGAUGAUGUAGAAUUUGGCUAUGAAGAUUCUUAUGAAGAGCCUGUUGGUUUGAUGAUCAAAGAAGAAGAAGAAGAGGAGGAGGAAGCUAGGCCGAGCAGUUCGAGCGAUGACGAAGAUGGUGGUGACAUGGGGUUCUAUGUGGUUGGACUUGUAUGGGAGUAUUUGGAUGAAGAAGAUUGGCUUGUGGUAGGGGAGAAUUGAGCUUUCAGCAAAGACAAAACAUAGGGAAGAGAGAACUUAUUUCUCUUCUAUUCUACUCUUUCUCCUCCUAUUGUUCAUUUCAUUUCAGCCAAAAAUGUUUAUCAUCUAGACCUCUUCCAGAUCUCUGGCUGUGCAUCAUAUAUUGAACUUUGUAAAUUAUUAUUGAAGUAAUCCAAAAAAAUCAUUUAUUCAUUCAGAGAAA